UGUAAAGCACGCUAGGAAGUGAGGAGUAUACUAUUUUGUUGGCUAUUUACUGAAUAUUGAGUCUAUAUUAUAGUUUCAUCGUUUAAGUCAGUAUAAUAAUUGUAUGCAAAGAGUGUAAAACGUGAUAUUGCCGCGUAUAUCAGGCCAGAAUGCGUCGCAAAAGUGAACGCACUGCCAGUAAAAAAGCGAAGGCUUCACCUGAAAAGAAGGUUGAAAAGGUGAAGCGUACUCGCACAAGACGUAGUAGGAAGCAGUCUACAUCAAGUGAAAAUGAUUCUGCUGACGAAAAGAGUCCCGUUCGUGAAGUGGAAAGUGCUGGGGAUGUUGAAAAGAAACCACCACAAACACCCGUAAAGGAAGCCAGUCCGGAAGAUGCUCCGGAUCAGGUAUGGCAAGUUAAAACUACUGAAGGGUCUGGUGACGUUGGUGAAAUUCAGAAAUUAAAAAUAUGCUUGACACGACCGCCAUCGACGCCCGAGAGAGUAGAUAGAUCCCCACGUAGUCGAAGAAAGCAUUCGCGCGCUACUAGUUCCAGCGAUACACCUAGUGUAGAAGGUGUAGAUGAAAAGAGAAAGACUAAGCAGCGUUCAAAACGAUCUAGGGAUUCUAAAGACGGAGGUGAUAAGAACCAAGAUAGUCAAGAAGAGCAAGAAUCCGAAGCGCACCAAGACCAAGACAAAUCUAGUGACGAAGUAACUCAAAGUGAAACUGUUGAGCAAACAGAGACCCCAAUGUCCACAACAAACGAGGAAGUGAAGGCAAAUGAAAGUGAAAAUGUAAUACAGUCAAGUGAUGAUCCAAUGCAGAGGGAUGUACCAUCAGAAAGUACAGAAACUGAAGAGAAAACUGAGUCACAUGACACGGAAAAACCUUCUGAUGCUGAUACAACUGUUGUUUCACCUAAAAAUGAAACAAGAGUUGCAUCACCAACAGUAGAAACUAGUGUAGAAUCAAACAUAGUUGACAAAGAGGUACAACCUUCUGAAGUAACUCAGAAAAGUCCUGAGCAAUCUAGUAGUACUGAAAAGGAAACAGUUGAAACAGCAACAAUUGAACAGGAAGAUAGCCAAUUACAUGAGAAAUCUGAAAUAUUAGAAUUACAUGCAGAUGACAGUAAAAUUGAAUCAGAUACUGAAACUGGUCCUGCUAAGGAAGAACCAGAGAAGGAGCAAGAGGAGCCACCAAAAGCUGAAAAGCCAACUGAAGAAAAAAAGGUAAGUGAAGAAAAUAUCAGUAAGGAGACUGAAAACAUUGAUUCUGAAAGCAAUAAAGCAACUAAUAAAACUGAUGUUGUAGAGAGUUCUGACAGCAUUAAGGAAACAAAUGAACUGAAACAGUCCAGUGAAUCUGAAAGUAAGCCUGAAACUGAAACAAAAAAGGUUGUCCCUGAAGAAGAGUCAAAUGAAACUAAACAAAUUGAAUCUGUUACUAAGCAACCUGCUAAGGAGGGUGAACCAUCUAAUUCUGUACAAUCCACAGAUGAAGUACAACCAAAGAAUUCUGUAGAAGUUACAAAAGAGGUGCAAUUAUCAAAUUCUGUAGGAGCAGCAAAAGAGGUACAACAAGUAGCUCCUACCAAUACAUCUAAAGAUGAACCUAUUGCUAAUGGUCAGGCUGCCCCAAUAGUGGUAAGUAGGAAGAGGAGGUGGGGAUCUAGGACAUCUAAACUUACAACACAAAAGUCAAUCACAAUAUCUACUGAUGUUUUGAAAGACAUAAUACCUGACGUGAAACCAGUCGAGUUUGAUGAAGUCAUUGAAGAGAAAAAACACAGGAGACCAGAGAACCAGGAAAGAAUGGAAAGGCCUGUACUUCCAAAGAUUGUUAUUGACAACACAGAUAAUGUGGAAAUAAAGAAGGAACAUGAAGAAAAAAGCCAAGAAACUCCAAAACCUAGAGAUUUAGCUUCAAAUAGAAAAAUAUCUAUUAUUAAGGAAAAUGAAAGUAUUAUUGCAAGACCACCAAGUCCACCUAGAAAUAAACAAUCAUGUAUACUGUAUAUAACAAAUUUGGUGAGACCAUUCACAUUGCCACAACUAAAGAAUUUAUUACAAAGAACAGGAAGAAUUGUGGAAAAUGGAUUUUGGAUAGAUAGAAUCAAAUCAAAAUGUUUUGUUCACUAUGAAACUGAAGAUCAAGCUGUGGAAACUAGACAUGCAUUGCAUGGUGUUACCUGGCCAGUCUCAAAUCCAAAAACACUACAAGUUGAUUUCUCAACUACAGAAGCUUUUGAGAAAGCUAAGACCAAUGAGGAGACUGAAGGCCCACCAGUGUCUACAAUUCCUGGCACAGUUGAAGACUGGCUUCGGGAGCAAGACAUGAAACGAGAGAGGGGAGAAUUGGAGAAGCCGUGGGAGCGGAAGGCGGCGACUCGGGAAUGGGAUUUGGGCAAGAACGACAAGGACAAGGAAAAGGAUAAGCUUCUGAUGAGGCGGGAUGAGCGACCCAUAGAUAAGAGAAGACAUCGCUCACCAGAGAAAAGCCCCGAGCCAGCAAGAAAAUUCAAGAAGAAAGAAGAAGAACCUCCUGCUAAGCUGUUAGAUGAUUUGUUUAGAAAGACAAAGACAACACCAUGCAUAUACUGGUUGCCGCUCUCAGCUGAAACGAUAGCAAUAAAGGAGGAACAACGACGCCAGCACAUGGCCGAGCACGAGCGGCGGCUAACAUCUAUAGCGAUUUAUAAAUUACUUAAGUUCCUGUUGUGAAGUCUAACCUCUAUCUUAUUAUACAAGGCGUUGGUAUGGUGUGCGUUUGCUGCGCUGCUGGUUGCUGCAUCAGCCCAGCAACCCUUCACUCUCGAAGAGUUUGUGUCGGGUCAAUUCGCACAGAGAGGGUUCACAGGCAGAUGGAUCUCAGACAAUGAGUUCACCUUCACUGUUGCUGGCCAGCCGGGCAUCAACAUGUUCAAUACUGCGGAACUUCAAACUAGCGUUCUUGUACCGGGAGAACUUAUGCAACGUCUUAACACCAAUAACCCUGUUCUUUCAGCGGACAGACUGUUCAUUUUAGCUUCUAGCGAAGUACAACAGGUUUACAGAUACUCGACGACUGCUAAAUACGCUCUCUACGAUAUUAAUCAAGACUCAGUCAGAGAUAUACAAAAUGGCGAACGCCUCCAGCUCUGUAUCUUCGGGGCCGGUCACUCCUUGGCUUAUGUGUACAACAACAAUGUGUUCUUCCUGCCUCAGGGCGCCACUAAUGCCAUCGCAAUUACCACAAAUGGCAUACCCGGAGUUCUUUACAAUGGACACACCGACUGGGUGUACGAAGAGGAUGUCAUGUACACCGGCCAAGCGACUUGGUUCUCCACCGGCGGCUCUUACUUGGCCUUCGCGACCUUCGACGAUACUGAGGUGGAGAGUUACUACUACUACUAUUACGAGGACAAAACUGACCGCGAUGACCUUUACCCCGAGCUCUUGGACCUCAAGUACCCGAAGGUUGGUCGCAAAAACCCCACCGCGAUCCUACGAGUGGUUAACCUAGCGGCGGUGGUAGCCAACCCCACCAAUAUUAACUACAUAACUGUGGCGCCGCCUGCAGAAGUGACGGCAGACCACAUCUUGGGAGGAGUGACGUGGAUCACGGACACCGAGCUCGCUGUUCACUGGCUCAACAGAAGACAAAACUAUUCUGUUCUCAAAAUUUAUAACAUUCUCACCGGUGCAACUGAAGAAGAGGUCCGUUCGCAGCCUAACGGUUGGAUCCCCAUCGCUUUGCCCCGCUUCAGCAAAAAUGGUGAUUUCUUCGUGGGUACUCGCUGGUCCUUGAGCCAGGCCGAUGGUCAGAUUUGGCAGCACCUGUACGUCAGCAUGAGAGUCAACGGACAGAUCGUGUCCAGUUCUGUGACUCCUGGAGCUUUCACUGUUAACAACUAUAUCGGUAUGGAUGAAGAGACUUUGUCGUACUACUACACGCGCACAGUCCCGGACAUGCCGUGGGAGUCGCAGGUGCACGUGACGGGCGCGCGCACGGGCUGCCUCAGCUGCAACAUCGUGUUGCCGGACGGCGGCCGCUGCGCCUGGGCCACCGCCACGCUCAGCACUAGCGGGUCCUACAUGACCAUCACCUGCUCCUCACCUGAGGAACCUUCAGCUACCUAUAUUAUCAACCCGAGGACCGGCCAAAACCUCUACACAUGGGAGAGUAACAACAUCGUACGUCAACGCUUGGCCAAUAAGGAUCGUUGGGGCAGUAUCAUCACCACAGUGCCGCUGCAGAACGGUUUCCCAGCGCCAGUGAGGCUGCUGCUGCCGCCAGGACUGGACGUCAACGACACCACCACCAAGUACCCCGUCGUGUUCUACGUGUACUCCGGACCUAAUACCAACACUGUUUACAAUACUUUUACAGUUGGCUACCACUCUUACCUGACCACGAACCGCAAGAUCAUCUACAUGCUGGCUGACGGCCGCGGCUCCGGCCUCAAGGGGCAAGACAUCCUCUUCUCCCUGAACAAUGCUCUCGGCACCGUCGAAAUUGAAGACCAUUUCGUUAUACUCAAACAAAUCAUAGACCGUUACCAGUUUAUAGACCGCGAGAGGAUUGGAAUCUGGGGCCAUAGUUACGGUGGUUACGCGACGUUGCUGACCAUGCUUCAUGAUAAGGAGCACCUGUUCCAGUGCGGCGUCUCGGGAGCCCCCGUCACGUCCUGGUUGUAUUACAACACAAUGUACACGGAGCGCUACAUGGGCCUGCCGACCGAGGAGGACAACUUGAAGGGCUACCAGGACGGUGACGUCACGCUGCUAGCCGAGGAGCUGCGCGGCCACGACUUCUUCAUCAUGCACGGCAAUGCUGAUGACAAUGUGCACUACCAGAACGCUGCCAAGCUGAUGAAGGUUCUGCAAGAAAAGGAUAUCCCGUUUGAACAGAUGUCAUACCCCGAUGAGGCGCACAGUCUGGUGGGAGUCAACCUCCACAGAUACAACGCUAUGGACCGUUACUGGACGCGUUGUUUGAAAUUAUAGGGAAUUAAUUCCUGAAUAAUUAUUUAUGAAAAUAAUAGAAUUUUAUAUUUU